AUGCCAGAAGUAAACGAUGUAACAACCGCUCCUGAGGUUGCGGACGUGAAACUACUCAAAGAGAACGAGAUCGUGGCCUCAGUCACCAGCGUUUCGAUGAGUUGCGACAAUGAUGACGCCGGCUGUGAAGUCGACACGGGUGCAAGGAAGGAGGUCGCCCAAACCGGAGAGUCCGAAAUUAAUGAGGCCAAAGUUAGUGAGGCCAAGGUAGGCGAGUUGGCCUGCCAGAAGGACUCUUUCCUUAAGAGCAUGGAAACGUGCGUGGUGGCGUGCGAGGCCAAUGACGGGGGCAAGUACUUUGUCCGAUUUCAGGACACCGUUUUAUUUCCUGUUGGAGGUGGGCAGCCGUGCGACCACGGGACGGUGGAGAUCCUUAAGUCGGGGGAGUCGAGCAUGGGGGUGUCGAGCGCGGGUCCGGUUCCUGGCCGCGUUUUCAGAGUUGAGAACGUUGUGCGUCGUGGUUUAGAGGCGUUACACGAAAUCGACGAGGCAUUGCCGAUAAACGCACGUGUGCGAAUCACGGUCGACUGGGAACGUCGUUACGACCAUAUGCAGCAGCACACGGGCCAGCAUUUGUUGUCGGCGAUACUGGACCGGAAGGUAUUGCCAACGUUAAGUUGGAAUAUGGCGCCUUGUGAGGAAGCGGUUAAUUAUAUUGAGGUGACGAAGGCGAUACCGCCCAAAAAGGUCGCUGCAAUUCAGAGUGUUGUAAAUGACAUAAUUCAGAGGGGUUGUGGAGUACAUGUGCGUGUGGUUGACCCCAAAGACAUGGAUACCUCCCGUGUACCGGAUGACUAUGAUACCGAGACGGGCACUCUGAGGUUGGUUUGCAUCGAUGGUAUCGACGAGAAUCUGUGUUGUGGAACGCAUCUAGACAAUAUUAGUCAGAUUGGAUCGAUUGUUUUGUUGUAUCAGACUCCAGGAAAAGGCGGGAACUCUAGACUGCAUUUCACGGCGGGUAAUCGAGUAACUAGACUGUUGACAAAAUAUGACUUCGAUCUGCGGGAGAUGAAUAAGACGCUUGGCUGCCGGGUGUCAGAAGUGGGUGAAAAGGUUCAGAAUCUCACCCUCGCUGUUAAGAAGGCCAAUAGCACCAUCAAGUCUCUUAUGCAGGAGCUUGCUCAACGAGACUUAGAAAUUAUUCAUGCAGCGAUCGGCACACAAAAGAGACGAUGCAUUCGAAAGACGGACAACAAUGUCGACUACUUUACAGCUAUCACCAAGGGGCUCAAAAUACCCACCGACUCCGAAUUCACCUUCCUGCUUCUCAAUGGUGAGAAAGAAAACGCAUCCAUAUAUGUUGCUGGCUCAGAAGCACAAGUCGUGGCAGCCAAGGUCGAAGAACUCGUCGCAAACGUCAAGGGGGGCGGGAAAGGUGGAAAAUGGCAGGCCAAGGUCACCAAGUACAAUAAAAGCGAACUCACGGCACUCGAAAAAUGGUUUCUUGCGUGA